AUGAUUUUAUUAGCAGGAGAUUUUCGUCAAACAUUGCCGGUGAUUCCACGAUCAACGCCAGCUUAUGAACUCAAUGCAUGUCUAAAGUCCUCCAGUUUGUGGAAACAUGUCAAAGUACUUCAUUUAAGCAAGAAUAUGCGUGUCGAGUUGCAAAAUGACCAAUCUGGAAACAUAUUCUCUAAACAACUCAUUGACAUUGGUAAUGGCAAAUUUCCUAUAGACAUGUUGACUGGCUGCAUUAACUUUCCUCUAAGUUUUUGUCAGUUAACUCGAUCAAAAGAUGAACUUAUUCAGAAGGUGUUUCCAGAUGUUUCUCAAAAUUACAGAAACCAUGAUUGGUUGAGCGAACGAGCUAUACUGGCUGCAAAAAACAUAGAUGUAAAUGAAUUAAAUUUCAAAAUUCAAGAACAAAUUACAGGCGAAUUGAUGAUAUAUAAAUCAGUUGAUUCGGCUACUAAUCAAGAUGAUGUAGUCAACUAUCCACCGGAAUUUUUAAACUCGCUGGAUUUGCCAGGAUUGCCACCUCACAAUCUUCAAUUAAAGGUUGGAUCGGUGGUUAUAAUGUUGCGAAAUAUCAACCAACCGCGUCUUUGCAACGGUACACGGUUAGCGAUAAAAAAAUUACUAAACAAUGUGAUAGAAGCAACUAUACUCAAAGGAAAGUAUAAAGGAGAAGAUGUUCUCAUACCGCGCAUCCCAAUGAUUCCGACUGAUGUGCCAUUUGAGUUUAAACGACUACAGUUUCCAGUGCGUCUUGCUUUUGCUAUGACUAUAAACAAGUCCCAGGGGCAAUCAUUAAGUGUUUGUGGUAUUAAUCUAGAAAACCCAUGUUUCUCACAUGGUCAAUUGUAUGUUGCCUGUUCCCGUGUUGGAAAACCAUCAGAUUUGUUUAUCUAUGCGCCAGGUAAUCAAACAAGAAACAUCGUAUACCACAAAGUACUACAAUGAUAAUAAUAAUAAUUAUGAUUCACAUGAUUAACAAUAA